AAUGAAAGGACAUUCCAAUUAAACUAAACCAUUGGAUGUGUGAAGUUUCAAAUUAGAUCUACUUUACUCCUUUAAGGUAAUUUUAAAAUGUUUUUGUUUUAAAAGAAAAGUGUCUUACAAUAAAUAAUUAAAUAAAAAAUAUAUACAUUUAUUCAUUUAGCCCAGGGGAUUUCAAACUAAGGUUUGGGACCCAAACAGCAGUAAAUUUGCUCUUGUAGUAAAUGACACAAAAAGUCAAAAUAAUGACAAUUAUAACGGUUUUAAUAUCUUACCAUGAGGUAAGUAUUUUACAUUUCGUUCACUCACUGACAUAAAUACUCUAAGAGAAGGAAUGUGUCCUGCUCAAUAUUUAUUAAAAAAAAUAUCUGGUGUGCCUUUAGAUAGAUGAUACCUGUCUAGGUGAGAAUGAAAAAGGUGAGAACCUGAUUUAUCAUAUGCUUAUCCGAAGUGACCUACAAAUGAGAGAGCAUUUAAGAGCAUUUAAAAUGUUGUCGAAAGAGCUAGCAAAAAGAAUAGCCUAGUAUAAAAAGCUGUGUCCAAGUAGGAAUAUUAGAAUUAAUAAAUGUUUCAUAUUGUUUCCAGUUUUAGAUUCAACGUGGUAUGCUGUUUCGUGCGCUUUGGUCUCAACUUCUACAUUCUACGCCAUCGGGUGUCGCUGCACACACAGCCUAUGGUGGGUUUGACAACCGAACGCGGCUCAGGGUCCGAUAAGAUUCUGAAGUGUCUGAUCCAUUCUGACACGGAGAGAGAGAAGUGAGAAGGUAAAGGACAAGGGAAAACACGGAAGAAGCUGGUAACUGCGGGAAAGGUUUGCGCUACAGAGGAAUUUUGACUUUUGGGGAUCUUUGGAUAGGGGAAACCCCGUAAGGGGAAAGUCAAGAGCGGCAAGAGCAUCAGACAUGAAUCCGAGGUGAGUUAAAAGGCAGCGUUGUAUGUUAAUGCACGCGUCGCGCUCAAUCGUGCGAGUACCUGUAGUUCAGGUGCGCUCAUUGAGCUUAUCUUCUGCAUUAUGAUAACUGGCGCUCGUGCUGCAGGCGUGUCUGGACAACAGGGAAACUUAUACUUUUUAAUUACAUAUUUAUUUCAAUACAUCGUGGCAAGUGUCUAAAACUAAACACAAUCUCUCCAAGUUUUUAUUUUCGAACAUUGAAAAAUGUUAGAACAGAAUAACAAUUGGUAGGCCUGUAUAGCCUACUUACUUUUAAAGAGGGUUGGAAAUAAUAAUAAUUAUUGUUAGACAAUGAACUGCAGGUACAAUUACUGGGACUGCAUCACCAGGCCAGAGGAUUUAAAAUAUGGAGUUUUACUUUUAAUGAAAGAAUAUUGUUUAAAAUAAAUAAGUAAAUUCAUAAAGUAAGAUAAUAAAUAGUACUACCGAAAGCCAUAACAUUUCCAAGUUCGCUACAUUCAUCUUUGUCAACUUGUUGGCUGAUGCAGUCUGCACAACAUGCUAAAAGUUCAUCUGUUCUGACUAAUAACACCAGAGACCCAGUAAAUGUCUGUGUACUCUGCGUAAAAGUGUGUGAGUAAAGACUUGUUAUGGACCGUGUCAUAAAUGAUAUUUAUGCAUCAAACGCACCCAUAAAAAAACAGAAUAACUAAAAAGGCUUUUUAGUUUAAAACACGAAUCAAACCUUACGUUAAACAACAACAACAACAAGAUUAUUAAGUAUUUUUGCUAACUAACUGCAUCAAAUUAGAUCAAUGACAUCCAUUUAAUUUGUUAUAGCUAAACACAAACUACUGAAAAAAAUUAGUUUUUAUCUAAAAGUUCAUCAGAAUUUGUGCAAACACAUUAACAUAUACAAGCAGGAGUAUACAUUUAAAGACUCGAUAUACUUAUCUUGAAUAACCUUAUUUUGAACUUUAUACAACACUUAAUCAAGGACACAUAAGUCAGACGUAUUCAGGAUGUUCACAGUCAUAAUACUCUUUAACGAAAGUGAUGUUGUGACAUACGAUAAAACGCCUGUCCCUUUAAGACGAAGCCUCUACGUGUUGUGAAGUUCAAGUUGGGGUCACGCUAAGUUCCUGCCCUCGAUUUUACCUUUUAGUUUUAUUAUAGACUGACAUCACACGGGGCGCUAAAACACUCAAGCAGCCCAGAAGCCUCAUUAUCAUCUCCAGUGGCGUUACUGCAACGACGCAAAAAUAGUCAAGGAAAUUACAAAUACAAAAAAAUCGAGGAAAACUGAUACAGGAGUAAGCACGUAUUUUAUAGGAGGAGUGAGCGAGCGAGCGAGAGAGAUAGAAGAGAGAGAGAGAGAGAGUACGAGAGUACGAGGGAGGAGGGAGAGAAGUGGAGGGAGGGUGAACAAGAAGAAAUUCAUUGCAAUUAAUAAUAAAAAAGAGUUGGCAGUCGUGCUCGGAAAACUGGCAUGGUUUUUGGGAGGCUGGCAGUUCAAAGUUGAAACGUCAGAAAUGACUCCAAAAGACUUUUGAGAUGAUCAUUAAGGGAGACUUAGAUCGGAUGGCAGCAGAGAUCGGGCAUCCAGGUGGCGGUCUGAAGUCAAUGCUGGAUGCCAUGGAAGUCCCAAGUCAUGCUAGGCACCUCCUUUUGCAACUGAACACACAACGCACCAAGGGCUUCUUGUGUGACGUCAUCAUCGUGGUGCAGAAUGCACUGUUCCGGGCUCACAAGAACAUUCUGGCGGCCAGUAGCCUCUACCUUAAGUCUCUUGUCGUUCACGACAACCUCAUCAAUCUGGACCAUGAGAUGGUCAGUCCAGGUGUCUUUCGGGUCAUUCUUGACUAUAUCUACACGGGCCGGUUAAGCGAAGGUGACCCCACCUCCCCAACUGAGCCUAAUAUAGCGGCGGUGCUGGCUGCUGCAAGUUACCUGCAACUGCUAGAUCUGGUGGCUCUAUGCAAAAAGAAACUGAAGAGGAAUGGGAAGUACCAUUUUCGCCCUAACCCUGGGUUCUUACCUUAUAAAUUAGGUUCCAGUGGGAUGGGGGGGGGACGAUUUCGAGUCUCUACUCAUGUCAUUCAACCUACACCAUUUGACGUCCUGCCUGCCCUCCCGCUGCCCUGUCACGGAGGAGAGCUUUAUGCCCCAGCUCUAGCACAGGGGCCUCCACCUUACCCCCCAACAAAAGCAUCCUUGUCACCACGGUCAGGCCUGCACUUACCCCCCACCCAUGGGAACUGCUCAUCCGUCUACGGCCUUGACCUGUCCAAAAAAAGUCCCAGUUCCCAAUCUCAGCUUCCUUCCAGCCACCCACACUUAAUCUCCUCCCUCCACCCAGAUGAAGAGCCUGAAGGCGAGCUGGACCAAAGCAGCAGCCCCUUGCGCAGCCCCAAUGAUGGCUCCCGAAAAAUGGAGACAGCUCACCACUCUGUGCCUUUAAACCCACAUCCCUUUCCUCUGACCAACCAUCCCCUUGCACCGCAUCUUCCCCACCUACACCGUUCUCAGGACCAGGAGCCUUACCCUUGCCCUCCCAGCCCUGAGCCCAUGGACGACUCCAGAGAACAAAGUAGAGAACGGUCAAGCAUCUAUCGCUGGGUGAAGAACGAACCCUCUAAUCCAGAGGAUGAAGAUGAGGAAGAUGAUGAGGAGGACAGUGGAGGAAUGAAUGGGCAGGAUAAAGACAGACAUCAUAUGAAUCACCAUAAAAACAGUGAGGAAAAGAUGAAUAUAAGCGAGAGGGGCUAUGACAGAGGAACCGUUACAUGUGACGAUGGAGAAGAUGAGAAUGGCACGGGCAGCGAGGAGACGGGAAGCAGUGAAGGGCGUUCAUCUCCUCCUGGUGCGGGUGGAAGAUAUCACAUGCCAUAUGAGCCAGAGAGUUUCGGAGAUAACCUAUACGUGUGCAUCCCCUGUGACAAAGGCUUCCCCAGCUCGGAGCAGCUCAAUGCUCACGUUGAGACUCAUACAGAGGAAGAGCUUAACAAUGGAGGUGAGCUGGACAACAGCAGUGGCAAACCCGCCAAUUCCCAUGGACCUACGAGCUCAAACAGCUCCAGUGGUCUGCACAGCCCAUUCCUUGAUAGCAAAGCAGUGCAAAACCAUCAUCCUAUCGGCCUCGGGGAGAUCAUACGACCAUAUCGCUGUUCAUCCUGUGACAAGUCCUAUAAAGAUCCCGCCACACUGCGGCAACACGAGAAGACCCAUUGGCUGACGCGCCCGUACCCUUGUAGCAUCUGCGGCAAGAAGUUCACCCAGCGCGGUACCAUGACGCGCCACAUGCGCAGCCACUUGGGCCUCAAACCCUUCGCGUGUGAUGCCUGCGGUAUGCGCUUCACACGGCAAUACCGCCUUACAGAGCACAUGCGCAUCCACUCCGGAGAGAAGCCUUAUGAAUGCCAGGUGUGCGGGGGCAAGUUUGCUCAGCAGCGCAAUCUCAUCAGUCACAUGAAGAUGCACAGCAGCGGAGGGGCCGGCGGAGGACUCACCCCUGACGGCAAGUUGAAGAUAGACUUCUCUGAAGGCAUUUAUCCCUUGAGCAAGUACACGGCUGAGCAUUUGGGUCUGAAGCAGGAGAAACCCUCAGAUCUUCUUAUAGCCUCUCAGCAUCUGCUGGCUGAUGCCAAAGUCAUUGAGAGCCUCUACCCACUGUCAAAGCUGGCGGCGGAGCACCUCGGCCUCACCCACAGCAAGAUGGACAUACUGAAUCAGUCACUUCCACCCCCACCCCAGCAGCUCCCAGCAGAGACCCGCACCAUCGAUCGCUACUCUCCCAGCUAGAGGGGGAACCACUAAAUAAAUCUUCCAAAGAGACAUCACUGUAUACCAUUCACAGUAUUCAACUCACACCUCAUCUUCAUUUGAACCUGCACCUCAGAUCGGAGGCCGGAAUGUGUUGGCCAUAAAAUGCACACAAACUGUGUUUGACUUCUAAACGUGCCUUUUGCAGAUUCCGCAGUAAAUGCAUUUCUUACUUUCUGAAAGGAGAAGACUGCUUUAUUUAUAAUCUGUUCUGACGGCGGACACUCAGCCGAUGCAGUAUUUAUAUAAAAACAACUUCUUUUUUGUUCAAUCACCGAGCCAAAAAACCAAUUGAAAACCAAAAAGAGAUUGUUUUUAUUUAUUUUUCUUUUUUUUUUCGUUUUGAAUGUUGGAAAAGCCAAAGAGCAAAUGUUACAGAAGAGUGUUGCAAUCGUAGUACCCUAAACUUGUGUACUAAGUAUUUACUAAGUGGUGUAUAUAAAAUGACAAAGCACAUAUGAACAAUAUUCAGGGCUUCUGUCCAGAUCGCAGAGAGAUGUCUGGACCAAACAAAGCCAAAUCUUGGGGAUUUUAUAGUAAUUGGAGGACUUUUUAUAGACUAUUUUUGGAGUACUGGAUCACCUGUAUCUGAUUUUCCAGCUUUGUGAAUGACCCAGUUUUUUCCAUACUAAAAGGGAGCAACUUUCAGAAGAGAGUGUUUGUUCCAGGAUUUAGGUAACGUGCUCUAAACUUUUCUCUGCAUUGAUGUAGUUAUCCCCUUCAACACAGAGUUCACAGAGAGUGUCAUUUCAUUUUUUGGACCUUCAGGUGUAUGGUCUUGCUUUUUAGUGCUUUUAUGUUUCCUUUUCUUUCCACCAACUCUCUUUUGCUUCACAGACCCAAAAGUGCCUUUAACUUGUCAUUGAAAAAGUAGCAAGUGCUGCCCUGUGAUCUCACAACUGGAAUAUAUUUGCGCAUAUUCCGAUCAUGAUAUAACGUGUCCACGUGUUUCGGCCCAUCUGGUGUGACAGACCAAACAAGGGUGGUGCUUUGAAAAUGGAGUAAUAUUUACAACGGAACAAUAGAGCCCAAAUGUUCUCAAUGAACCACAGCGUCUACGCAACGCUUUUAGAUAAAUGUUUAACUAUAACAGUGACACCCCUUUUGCUACAAAUCCUGUGUAUAUUAAGUGUGAACAAACAGUCAUGCAUUUGCAAAUGAUGGAUUUAGCCACACCUUUAAGAGCUUUCUCUGUCAAUUGUGCGCAAGGGCCUCCUCACCCCUAUUAUGGUGCAGUUAAUUUCAGGCUAAUGUGACGGUUUUAACCCGGCAGGGCCCCACACGCGCACACGUAAAUCCGCUAAUGUGACAACCAUUUGAACAUGAGGAGCAGAUCUUGCCUUCUCUUUCUCUGAUACUGUGAGCACAACUAGCAGCAGCUGGUCCAUCAGGCUAAGCCCUGUGAAAUUUCACAUUUUCGAAGGCUAUUCGCGCUUGUCUGUCCCACUGAUGUGAGAUUUUAUGCCAGUUGACCAGGCCUUGUGAUCUAACGCUGCCUGAACAUACACCCUAAUCCCUCAGCUACUGCACUAAAUAUGCCAUAAACUAAAAUAAUCUGCAAAUCUGAACAAUCAUCAAUCUGUCAAUUCUGUCAAGCAACAGAACGCACAGCAGCCUGUUAGGUGUUAGGGUCACAGCCACGCUUGUUUCCUUUCUGUAGUAUUACAAUUAAUUUUGCCUCUAAAUAAAUCACGUUUUACUGCGGAUGUAAAUGCAUAAGAUGUGACAAAACACAUUUUAUAACAGUGUUCCAAAAACCAUGUUGAUAGUCUUUUCUCUCAGACCUAAUUUUCUGGUUGUACGAUUUGUACAAUUACAACCUCAGUUGGUGAAUGUGAAGAUUAAACCAUGAAUGCACUGUGAAAGAACUAACACAUCUGAAAGCUUUAGAGCUUGGUCAAUAUUGAACACAUUGUGAGGGGUGUUUGGGACACAUUACUGAGGCUUUGUAGCAUGUCACUAAUCAAAGUUUUUCUUUCUUUUUUAAAUAAAUCAAAGCAAAAAGUCAAAUUGGUGCUUAACUCAGGACUGAGCCCCCAUGUCAGUGGGCACAAAGCUUUGGCAAUAGUUUCGCACACAAAAUUCUCUCUUUCUUACACAAAAAAAUGUAUAGCCUACAGCAAAACUUAAGCACACUCUUUUGGGAGGGAUUGUAUUGAAUUUAAACCUGUGGUUGUUUAAAAAUGCUAAAAAUGUUAUUUUGUUUUCUGAAAUGAUUUUCUUUGAAAAUUACCUGUUUGUUGGUUUGUUUCUGAAUAGCCUAUGCAACUGUCUGUCUAUUUUUACAUUACCAAAAAAUACUGUUAUGUAAUUCAAUGGUAAUUUAAUUACCAUAAAAGGCAAAUUUAUAAAUUAAAAUGAUUUUCAUGAUUUCUACAAGAUUUUUCUCUGUACACUUGAAGGUACUUUAAGCAGCGCAGAUUAAAACUCACACAUGCACCAAGAGAAAUGCCAGAUAGCAAGUUAGUUUACUGUUAAUGUUAUGCUGUAUAAGAAAUGUUGUAUGUUUAUCAAUAAUUCGCUACAAUGAUAAACACUUGGCUGAGUGGGUAAGGAGGAAGCAUAUUUUCUGAAGUUGAUUGACCCAUUUGUUCUGGGCGGGCCAGCAGAAACUUUAUCUGACCUCUUUGCCGAGAGGCAGGAUUAGACUCCCAGUGAGGUUUUGUAUACAUGUACUAUUAAACCACACGCAUUAAACCAGCUUGUUUGGGGCGAGACAGAUGCUGAAAUUUCCCAACACUCUUAAGUGGAUAGCGGAGAUCCAGAAAUUCCUCUCAACUUAAUAUUGCAAAACACAUGAAAACAGUCUGGGCACAGCGGUUUGUUUGUAUCCAAACGAACCCCAGAACAUAAACGAAAUACAAAUCUUCUGACUCGAGGGAGAGAACAAUAUUACAGCUAUCAUAACAAUUAAAACUUUGACCGCAGACAUAUUAAUACGCGCUGAGGAGAUGCGACAGCCCGUCUGAAGUGGAAUUUAGUGGUGGGAAAAAAAUCUCACACUCCUCCACUUUCCUCACCAUUCAUUAGCUUAUGCUCAUCGAUAUCUAUCUUUCUAUUUCUUUUGACAGACAAAACUAGAAAAAAGCAUUAAAAAACAGAAGUGAGCAAGAAAGUUCAAAGUCCCUCUGUAAUUCGCACUGCUCUGAGGGGGUGAGGGGUCGAUGGGAGGGGUGUGAGUAAUGUAUUGGUUUUGAGGAAUAAAGUUAAUAGAAGAUGAAAGCGCAUCUCUUAAAGGAAUAGUUCACCUUCAAAAUAAAAAUUCUUUCAUCAUUUACUCACCCUGUUGUCAUUUUAAACCUGUAUGAUUUUUUUCUUCUGCAAAACACAAAAGAAGAUAUUGAAAAAUGUUGGUAACCAAAUACCGUUGGUCCCCAUUGACUUCUAUUGUAUG